CAGAAUGCCAGGAAAUCGUUGCUCACUCAGCUGCCUGUCCCUGCUGGGGCUACCAGAGUGUGCUGGAGAUUGUGACAGUUGUUUGCUAGGAACCUGACUGUGCUCCACAAAACCCAACAGAGUUCACUUAGGAUCAAAAAAAUGCUGAAGGCCAGAGACAUCCUGGGACACUACUUCUGUGGAAUCUACAUCACUGGACUAUUUCUACCUCCUCACUAAAGAUGGUCAGAAAAGAAGCCAAAUACAAGUAUGAGAGUGAGUUCUAAAAACAAGAAGCAAAAUUAUAAGGCAGAGAAGAAAGUUUUCUUCAGCUAUUCUGUAAGAUGAGUCAAUGUGCAGCAGCACCACCUGGAAGAAUGGCUUUGUGCUUGUGAAUUGCAAACAGCUGGAUCUGCCUCACAAAGUCACCUGCCUAUUCAACAUCUGAAAUUAAUCCUUUGGACACUUCACCCAUGACUCUCAUGAACAAUGCAGGGAAAUAAGAAACAUACAGAAGGACACAGUGACUCCUCAAGUAUUGGGAGUCUCCUGGAUGAUGCAGACAGAGAAGUAAGCAGCCUCACAGCUCGGGCUUUCAAGAGUUUGUGUGUAGCAGAACUUGAAGACCCUUACAAUGAGCCAGAACUUUCCAUUUCACCUGACUUUGCCCUCCAGUUGUCUGCUAAAUUUCACUCAGGGACGUUAAACCAUGACAUCAAGAAAAGCAAUGUCUGUGACAAGCUAACAGCAAGAAACAAUGAACAUACAAUAUGGGCUUCUACAUUCCAGCAGUUACCUAAGUGUGCUUCAGAAGAGAAGAGGAUUGCUAAAAACAACGCCUUUGCCAUGGAAAGGAAAUUGAGCUUGCCAGUCCCUGGUUCAAGGAACAAUAAGCAUGUUUCAAAAGUGUCCUCAUUGAUUAAGACGUUUGACAAGACUGCAGACCAAGGGUCAGGAAGUUCUGUGAUAACAAAUAAGCAGCCCAUUAAGAAUAGCUUUCAAAAAUACAAAAUAAAUCAGGGCAUUGAUACUGCUUCCUGGGAUGAUGCAGACAUUUUAAGCAUCCACAAGGAACUUUCUGAAUUUUCUGAGGCUAGUCAAGGUAGCCACUGCUUCAGUGGCAAACAUGAGCCACAGAGAAGACCUAAUAAAACAGACCUGAGUUAUGGGGACUCUGAUGGUUAUUAUCCUGUGCUGAUUGAGAUGUCAAAAGUAGCCAAGUCAAAUUUUUCCCAUUCUUCUAAGAAGGCUUUAAAAAACAAAAACUUGAAAGUUAGUGAGCCAGCAAAAAAAGGGAGUUUUCUUCACAGUGAGAAUAGUGCUUUUGAAUCAUGGAAUGUUCAUCAUAAAAAAAUGACAGAAAAAGAGGAAUUUGUUGACAUAAAAAUGGAAAAGGAAGGCCAUGCAUACCCAGAAGAAUCACCAUUUGUUAAAGGAUCCCACACAGGUGAUCAUAAAUUGUCACCUGCCACGACCACUGUUGCUAAGAAGAAAGAGAAAGAUUUUCAGAUGAAGCCAACUCUACAAGAAGCUUCUUUCUCUCUCCGAGUCGUCCCUCAGGGUCCCCACCCUUUAGAAACAAAAUUCCCUGUUGUUUUCCCUCCCACCCCUCCCCCGAGGAACCAUGUACCCCAGGGUCCCCCUCGGCCACCCCCUGCCCCACCAGCUCCUCCUCUCCCACCCCCGUGCCACCCCCCAGCACCCCCUAGCCCAGAAGCCCCUCCUGUGCCACCACCCCCAGUGCCAGCUCGACUGUCCCCCACUGCCCUGUCCCAAGGCUCUGUGUCACCCCAGUCUGUGUCCCACAGCAUGGUUUCACCCUCUCUCAGGUUUGAGACACCCAGCCCUCCUCCCCCAGAACCCCAGGGCACCUCAGCUGAGGAGGAGCCCCAGAGCCCCCAGCUGGGCAGUGCCUACCCACCCUGGAGGAGACAGAGGGCUGCAGAAAGGGCAGCAGGGAGGAGACAGGCUGCGAAGGAGAAGGUCACAGACAGCCACAGGACCUCAUUUUCUGAAAAGGCGACUGGUGCUGACCCUGGUCUGCGUGUGUCUCCUCUGGCCAAACAGGCAAACUCCCCUGGAUCCAUCAGCCCCUCUUUCAACAUCAGCGAGCUCCUAACACCUGUCAUACCCCCAAAACAGGACAUGGACACCGCUGAAAGGGAGCUGAUCCCACUGACACCUCCUCCCAUGGACAGCAUGGCCUCAAGAGACCCUGAGGAGAGCACCGUGGAUGAUUACAGAUCCUGGGAUAAUUGCAGGUUGACGGCAUCGAGUCUGUUAUUUAACUUAAAGGAUGUGCGCAAACGUGUUAAAAGCAUUUAUACCCCUUCUCCCCUGUUAAGGGCCUUGGAGGAGAAAAAUAAAACCAGGGAAAAUAUGCAGGAGAGUACCAAAAUGGAUGCCUCAUUCUCAACUUCGCAUGACGAAAGUGAGAAAAAUAUUACAGAGAAAGAUGAAUUGAGUGAUAUAGCUUAUGUAUUGUCUAGCAAUGUUCAUGAAAAUGACAAUAAAACCGAUUUAACUGGACACUUCAGAGGCAAUCAUCUGACUUUGAGUUCACCCCAGACAACAGAAGAACUUCCAUUUUACCAAUCUGGAGACAGCAUGAAGCAAGACAAUUCAAAACACCAAGAUCUGGUUAAAAACACAGAGGAUGAUGAAAAUUUCCCCUUGUUCAGACAUGGAUCAAAUGAACCUGUCUUAGGAAAACAUCAGCACUACACAGCACAGAGGCCAUUCAGCAGAGACAAUGUAGAUACAAAAGCUGGGCAGCCCAUGCAAAAUCACAAUGUUCAGGGUGAGGAAAAUGAAAGACAAGCUGCUAUUCAGAAUGAAAAUUUUGCCUUCAAAACACUCCUAAAGCAACUCUCACCAGAAGAAGAUGAGCCUUACAGUGGCGCCCAAACCAACAUUGUGGUACCUGGCCAUGAAGCACGAGGCAAAAGAAGCACUAGUUCCUCGGAACAAUCCUUCGUCUCCACAGUGGAGCAGCCACUUCAGGAAGAGCCAUUUCUGCCAGCACCCCUGAUGGAGCAGACGUGCCUCCAAGAGAGCCAGAGGACUGACAGUGAAAAGGGUUCAGGAAGUAAGAAAAGACACAAGGAGAGAGGGAAAGAGGUUGGGGAAGAUGAACUGCAAUAUUAUGCUUGUAUCAGCCCUGGUACUGGUGCAGCAGAGAAGAGGGAGGGAAGUGUUACUGGGAAUGAACAGAGGAGCCUGAUGAAAGAGAAGAUAGGGAGAGAGAAAAGGGAAGAGGCUGACAGCACAAAUUCUGCAUCUGACAGUAUUAGAGAGACGUCCAUCCCCAGGUCUGAGGAACAACAAACACCAUCAUCUUCAAGCUCAACAAAACCCAGUCUCUUUCUGAUUAAAGAUAACACAUUCAGGUCCCCUCAGGUGAUAAGGGCUGUCAAGCUGCCCCUACUCCGGUCAUUCUCCCUGGAUGACUCAGUGAGCAGCAGCUAUAGGGAAAUGGAACGUAAGUUUAUGUCCCCAGCAGUGUACAGCAAGCGGCACCGAAACAUGUUGCACGCCCAGGAGGGGGGCUGGUGGGCAUCGAGACACAGAGGGCAGCAGAAUGUGACAGAUGGAGCAACUGACAGAGAAAAAGAAGCCAGUGAGUCUGGAUCUACUUCAGUAACAGUGGAUCCCACUCUUCUGGAAAAUACAGAGAGCUUUUCAUUUGGAAAACUGACGGAAGAAGAUGAAAAGAUUUAUGUGUUGUUAAAUAAAUUUGGGAAAAUGGAUGAGGAAAGUGUCUGUAGAGGUGAAAAGAAGCCUACAAAGGCAAGACACAGCUUAGAACAGCCAAUGACAGGCCUGGAAAAUGACCAAGCUCAAAACAACAGCUACGCUGCAGAAAGAAAGAAAAAUUACUUUAAGAAUCAUCAUUUAUCUAACCGUAAAGGGGGCUCUUGCGCAAAAAAAAUAAUCACUAGGCAGACAAUUUCCCCUGUGACUGGCUCCAUAUUAGAGGACCACACAUGUUCUUCUGUAUCCAAUGACACUUUAGAGGAUAUCCUGCAUCCAGAAGACGCACCUUUGUUAGAUAAUCUUUCAUGCCCUGCUGUCAGAAGCCCCAGGUCAGGAAACACAAUGUACUCUGCCACUUUAUUGUCAGAUAAACCCACUGUUUCUGGCCUUAGAGAGACAGGGGAUGUUACAAAUCCUGCGUUGUUGAACAUGGCACUAGAGAGGCAAGCUUAUAUGCCUGCAGAAGAGAUAAUCAAUUCAGCACAGAGGAAUCUACUUUUGGAUGUCACAGGGGAAGAUGGGAGACAGGAGCCCAGGGGACUUGGUGGGAGACCAUCAGGCAAGCCACCCACUGUGCCACCAAAAACAGAAAAGGCUCUGCGUCGGGCUAAAAAGCUGGCAAACAAGAGGAAAAAGGUGCAAGAGCAGCAGAAAAACCACCAGACUGAGCAUGCAUAUUCUGUAGGGAGAAGGUCUACUCAUUCUGGAGAGACAAUAGCAUCUGCUUCACCCUUAGUAUAUUCUCCCCUUCAUCCUCCCCUUCACUCAACUUUUACUCCCACAGAAACCACUCCUGGGAAAUCUAGGCUUGCACCAGCAGCAAACUCUUCAUCCUCUUCAACCCAGCGGAAACUCCUCCAGGACCCUGACUCUGGUCAAUACUAUGUAGUUGAUUUACCAGCUGAAGUUAAUGUAAAGACAUUUUAUGACCCAGAAACAGGCAAAUAUGUUCAGGUCUCAGUCCCUUCCUUGGAACAGAACUUAUACCAGUCCACCUCUUCAGAAAUGAAGAAUUCUCCCUAUGCCUCCUACCCUAGAGUGCUGCCUUUACCAGCCUCAUCAGUAGCUGUGCUGAAAUCACCUUCUCAGCUCUCUGAGCCUGCCUGGUCAGUGCCUGCUGCACCAGAACCAGCUGAACUACCUGAAGAUGGCUACAGAUACUCUGAGUCUGUGGACACUGAACCAGCCUCCUACUCCUACCAUCAAGAUGCUGGAGAAACUCAAGUUCACUUAGGCAAGGAUGUGAGCCCAACCCAAAGUACUAGCAUUGUCACCCUCACCAAUUUAGAUGAUUUUGCUGCUGAAGGAGUAUCUUGAAAACUGAAGUAACAAAACAUGCCAGCUAGUGUUUUUAAGAACUGUCUGGACAGACACAUGCACACAAAAGCACAUGCAGAUUUGAUAUUUUUGCAACACUUUGUCUGAAUCUCAUUGUGGUUUGGGUGGGAAAGGAAAAGGAAGCUGUUCAUGUUGAAAGAUGCAAAGUAAUGACCACUCUGAAGGAAAGAGAAAUUGAGUAAGCACCAAACUAUCAGUGAGAUGAAGGGGCAAUGCCAGCUAGACAAAAACAUUUGACAAUGUAAAGCCACUGCUUGCUGCUGCUGCUGCUUUGUCAUUAAGAAGGCUGGGAUAGCCAAAGCAAGUGUCCUAUUGCCCAGAUGUGUUGCAUGAUACAUGACACUAAAUAAAAUCUGUGAGACCAUCCUAUGCAUCCCAUGAGACCUGGAACUGAUGCUGCAUCUACUGAACUUUCCUCACUCACUGCCUUUGAACUAUAUUGACAGGUAGAAAGUCUCUGGCUACAGAUAUGCCAUAUAUGCAAGAUCCAUUUUUUGCACACUUUGAUUGCCCUGAUGUCAUUGACAAGAAGAUUGUAUAUUGGAUGCACAAUACAACAGCCAUGUCAAAAAAAACCCUUUUAAACAACCAGAAUACAGUUACAGCUGCUCUAGAUUUCCCAUGUACUUUUGCAGUGCCCACUAAUAUGCUGCUGAAUUCUUUAUAUUUCUUGAUAAUGCCCAAAUAGGUUUCCCCAGAGUCAGGAUUUAUUUAUAAUGCAACUUAAAACUUCAGGUUAUCUUGAUACUUGGCCUGAAAUAUUUUGGUGAGGAGCAAGGUUGAAUGAAA